CUAAAUCAGAAAAUUUUCUUGGUUAGAAUCGGAAGAUCCAAACAUCUUUUAAAGAUAGAUUAUUUAAGUUUAGGUGUUUAUCAUCUGCAACUCAGCAUGUCAGAUAUCUACGAUACAUAUUUAUCAAAAUUUCUUCCAGUAUGUGGACCUAAACUUUUAAUGACAACGCUAUUUCAUCCUGUGGAAUACUCCAAGGUUCUGAUACAGAUUGGUCAUGAGCCAAUAGCACCCAUAGAUGGCAGAAGUUUUUUCAAUAAACCAGUAAAGAAACUACCCAACAUUUUUAAAUAUGUCGGGCACAUCAAUAACAAAGACGGAUUUGUUGGAUGUUUUCGUGGACUUUCGCCUCGUUUGUGCACCUGUCUUCUGACAACCAUCGUUGCCAACGAAAUUGAAGAAUAUUUCGAUGAUAAAAAUAAAGGGGAAUCAACUGCGACUGCAGAAGAAGAACCAUCGAAAGAAGUAGAACUGGUGAAUAAUUUGAAGAAGAAAUUAACCAUAAAUGUUGUCACCAUAACCAUAACUCAACCUCUGCACGUGAUCACUGUUAGAAUGAUGGCGCAAUUCGUUGGAAGAGAAACUAAAUACAGUGGGAUUUUCGGCUCAAUGUGGACCAUUUUCAAAGAAGAAGGAAUUCUGGGAUUCUUUGCCGGCUUUGUACCGCGACUUGUUGGCGAAGUGUCGUUUGUUCUUCUGUUUGAAACGGCGCUGUAUGCCGUCAAAAAACUGGUUGAAUCAGAGGACGGUAUCCCUGAUAACUUGGCUGGAAUCUUCUUAGAUUUCCUGAUUAGAAACUACCUUUAUCCGUUCCAUGUGUUGGAUACCUGUAUGGCUGUUAAUGGUUGUGGUCUGAUGGCAGGAAGUCCGCCAUGUAUGCCCCAUUACAAAAACUGGAUCGACUGCUACCAUCAAAUCAAAGCCGAUAAUCAACUGAACAGAGGUUCUAGCAUGUUGAUUAGGUAUGUUCCUGAGAAAAUUAAGGAGAAAAAGGCGGAAUAAAUGUGCAAAAACUCUUGAAUCAUUACACUAAAGUGCUGUCUAGUUAUUAUAAUUUUAAUGUCACAUUCUCAAACGUUGAACUGUGUGUUGGAUGUUCUAUUACUCUUAAAAUCCAUUAAUAUAUUAUAGAAUCGUUACAAGAAUCGACUGAUACGGUUUUGUUUAAGCAGCUAGCAAUAUCGCGAACUAGACGUUCAAUCUUAUUGUGCAAUAUAUUACCAGAGAGAAGCAACAGCGUAAGUAGAUAUCCCAUGGUAAAGGGCUUUUAUGUCGCAACUUUAACUGUUAUCUCAAGCCCAUAGUUCAUGUAUUUCUUUGCCGUGAAGCUGUGUGACACUGGUAGUCUCUCAUAUUGUGCCGUUCAUACACUCUCACCCCAACAAAACAGUAAAAUUCGACAAUAAUCAACAGUAAUCGGCUUGAGAUUGCGACAUAAAUUACCUAUACCAUGGGAUAUCUACUUACGCUAUUGUUUCUCUAUGAUAUUACCUACUUAACAUAUCAGACCGCAUUGCUAUUACAGUUGUGUGGUCUGAUGUUAUGAGUAGGUUUUAUACUGUACAAUAAUAUUGACCGUCUAGUUUUUGCUUAAAAUCAUGGUUGGAUAUUGUGUCAAGUCUUACAACGACAAAAGAAUGAAGUAGAAUGGUUGGAAAUAUGUAUCUGAAUGUUUCAUUCUUGUAAAAGAAACUAAUUUUUUAUUGAAUAAUGGUGAAUUGUUGAUAGGUAUUGAUUACUUUUGAGACUUUUAUGUUAAUUGAAAAUUGGGAAUAUAUUUUGAUUGAAGUUCUAUUGAAAUUUGAACUAAUUUUUAUUGUAUAAAGGUGAAUUGUUGAUAGGUAUUGAUUACUUUUGAGACUUUUAUGUUAAUUGAAAAUUGGGAAUAUAUUUUGAUUGAAGUUCUAUUGAAAUGUGAACUAAUUUUUAUUGUAUGAAGGUGAAUUGUUGAUAGGUUUUGAUUACUGUUGAGACUUUUAUGUUAAUUGAAAAUUGAU